AUGUCUGCUCCGGUGAAACCUUGGGAGAGACCAGGGACUAAUUAUCAGAAUAAUUCUUCUUUUCCUGUUAACAGUAUGUCAGCGUCACCGCUUGAUGAUCGCAUCCCGACAUCUUUGAGCAAUUCCGCAACUGCCUUACCAGUGUCCACUCCACCACAAGUUCCUCCCAGAGUCUCACAGCUUAACACCGUCAAUAACAGAUUUGGCACUGGCAUGGGAUAUGGAGGAGGGUUUGGCAACUAUGGCAGCUAUGGUGGAUAUGGAGGUUAUUCAAGCCCAUUAGGGUAUGGUGGAAUGUACAAUAGUCCCUAUUCCAGUUAUGGAGGAGGUUACGGGUACAACAGGACAGGGGAUGUGAGAAGUACAUUUGCACUUCAGGCGGAGGAGAGUUCCAGACCUGCAUUUGAAUCCAUUGAGAGCAUUGUUUUUGCGGUGAAUUCUGUGGGAAUGAUGCUGGACUCCACAUUUCAAGCUGUGUAUAAUUCUUUCAGAGCUGUCAUAGGUGUUGCUGACAAUUUCACACGAUUGAAGUCCCAGCUCAUGCAAGUCUUCUCUGCCCUUGCCUUCAUCAGAACUCUAAAAUACCUGUUCAGAAAACUCCUGGAGUUCUUACGCAUGCGCCCAAGAGGAGAAGCAGAAAAAUUGUGGAGAGAAGCUUUUGAAGAGGCUGCUUUCACUGCUGCAGCAUCACCUGCAGGUUACUCUAGAAGGAGUACAUGGCCCAUUCUGAUGUUUUUUGGUAUUAUCAUGGGAGGCCCAUAUUUGAUAUGGCGAUUGAUUUCAGCCUUCUCAAGUUCUCCAGUUGUGAAUGGCUGGGCAACGGGAGAGGAUGAUCACUUUGUGGCAAGGGCAAACUUCAGUUUUCAAGGUCAGAGUACAGAGGAACUGUCAUUUUCAGCAGGGCAGAAUAUCAAGGUUGCGCCAAAAGAACUUCAGCCACGUGUCCGAGGGUGGCUGUUAGCAUCUGUUGAUGGACAGAAAACUGGCAUGAUUCCAGCCAAUUAUGUGACAGUUUUGGGGAAAAGAAGAGGAACAAAAAACACAGGCUCGACCUACCCAUCUGCUUUAGUUCAGACAGACAGCAGUCUGUCUCUUGCUCAAGAGGCACAGUUUCCCUCAUCAGCAACCAGACAGAUGGUGACAGUCCCGGAAGAUGAUCUCGAAUCUGUAUUUGGUGCCAACUCAAACUCCUCUAUGCACUCUGCACAAAGAGCAUCUCACAUUCCUCAAGAUUCAAGCAACCAAGAAGCUGCUGACAUUCUGAAUGACGCAGAUAUUUGA